AUGGCAUCGGCUCAAGAUGAUGACAUGUAUCUCUUCCAGAAUGCCCUCGGCCAAACCCCAGCAUUUGCUGGUCAAGACUUCGACGCAUUUCUGGAAACUCCACUCCCAGACCUCGACCAGACAACCUCGCCUCCGGGCUUCCUCAACCCGAAUGACUUAACGAUAAAGCGGGAAGUGGACUCUUUCAGUCCGCUUCCUCACAAUGAUGCGUUUGCGCGCACAUCUAGAGGGUCUGCCUCAGGGUCUAGCAGCUCCUCUUCCGAAGACCCUGCGGACCGUACACGCCACAUGUCCGCAGCUUCAACAGCCUCCCCUCCAGCGCACGAAGUGGUACAGAGCAACUGGGGAAGCGGGAUAAAUGGGUUUUCAAUAUCUUCAGAUGACAAUCUAUUUGAGGACACCGCUAUGGCCGGCCUGGAUCAAGAUUUCGAGGCAAGUAAUCAGCAGAUGGCUUCCGAUUUCGACUUCGAUACGGCUGCUAGCACACCUAGCGGAUUUGACCCGGCGGACAAGCGCAAUAAGAUCAAACGUACGAUAAUGAAUCAACCCUUCAACCGACAAGUCGAUUUUUCCAAGUUUGGAAAGCAGGCUCCGACCGCACAACUACCGAAUGGGCAACCUCAGUUCUUCUUUGCCGGAUCCAGGGAGGCCUCACCUUUGAAUGCAAUGCUGCCCUCUGCGCAGGGACAGUCCCCAUGGAGCAAGCACUCUCCAUCCUCUGGUUUGGAGGAAACCUUCAACCACAUCACCAUGAAUGGCGAUUCACCUGGUAACGCGACAUUCUCACCUAAUCUCCAGUUUUCGUCUACCGGAUUCAGUUUUGAUGCGGACUCAAGUGCAACCCCUUCUACUUUCACUAAAGAUAUCUCUUCUCCACCAUCCACGGUCAAUUCUACCGAAGGAUCACCAACCCUGAUAGUACAUCCAACCUCGCUCAAAUCCCGUGUUGAAACUCAGAUACCGAUUAAGAUGACACUCUCGCCACUUCCACCUGGCGUCAAGAAACUAAGGCUCCCAAGACACACAGUAUCCAAGCCCAAGUUCCUCGCCAAACCAGAGGUCCCGCGGUCGUCAGAGAUUUUGGAGCUGCAUACGUCGUUGGUUUGCACAAGCGCCAUGCAAGACAGGGUGAAGUUGCAACGGGCAUUGGCACGCGCGAGGGGCGAAGACCCAGGUCCUUAUGCUCGAUCGAGUCCUGCUUCCGUCGAAUCAAGCACCUCGAAAGAUGAUGAGGAUAAGCCUUUGAAUGGCGGUGAGGUUCGCAUUUGUGCGGGAUGCAUACAGCGGGAGAGGAAAAGGGCCUCGAGGAAGAAGCAGAAGAAGCCUGAGGAAGAAGAGCUUUUCCAGAGAGAUGAGGAAAGGAGAGUGGUCGUUUUCAACACCAAUGAAAUAAAAGAAUGGGUUGAGGCUCCUCGUGAGACCAGCGGCAGCGAAGCCCAAAAUGCGUCUUCUUCAGCCGCGGUGCAAGUGGAGCUACCGAUGCGGAUUGCCUGCUAUUGUCGGCACCAAAACGAGAAAAUGGGCUUCCAAGUGAUAUUCACAAUCAAGGACUGUCGAGAUAAAGUCAUCGCUCAGGCCAUGACCAACGCUAUCAUGAUCACAGAUGAUCACAAAACUCACAAUCCACCAGCGGUCAUCCCGAAUCAACAGGCACCUUUGCCAACUCCGGGACCACAGUUACCAGGAGCAGGCGUCUUCUCCAGUACUGAUCACGAGGUGCAGCCUCAGACACAGGUCAUCAAUGCCAAAAUGUCUAGGCAGGCGUAUUCCAUGACUGAUCUGCAUGCGUUACAGCAGACUUUCACCCCCAAUUUCCCCCUGGCCCCAGCGAACACACCAUAUGCCAUUCCGGCGACUGCCUCAAGCCAGGCACUGGCCAAUUUCGCACCACGAAAUCUUUCCAGACCUGCCUCCCCGAGUGGUCCGUCAGGUCCGACUUCAAAGAGAAGGAAACAAAGUGGUUCCGGAAAGUUGCCAUCUGGCUUGACAAUGACUCGUCUCGACACAUCGCAGGUACUCCCCGGGGCUUCCACUAUGCCUAAUACUGCCGCGUCGUCUCCGUACGCUCCAAAUAUGGCAUCGUACAUCGGACCGAACGAUCGCGCAUUUGCGAUGCCUGCUACCCGGCCUGCACCUUACGGCAAUAGUCCUCCAACACCCAAUGGAGUUGAACCUUCAUUCGCUGCCAAUAUCAACCGCUCUGUGAGUCACGAAAAUCUCCCGCGGCAAGUAAUGAUAUCAGCGCCACCCUCCCGUCAGCCAAGCAGACCUGGUAGUCCCGGCUCUGCUAGGAACAGCUUUGGAGCUGCCGAUGCCGCCUUCGGUCAAGCGGUUAGCAACCAAUUAAUGGCACAACCUGCUCGACGGCCACCGCCGCUGAUCCACAAAUUGGUACCCGCCGAAGGAUCUGUGACAGGAGGCACGGAAGUCACCUUGCUGGGCAAUGGCUUCUACCAAGGCCUCGAGGUCAUGUUCGGCGAUACUGAGGCCACGACCACGACAUUUUGGGGAGAAAAAUGUCUGAACUGCAUUGCACCUCCAGCUCUUCAGCCAGGCGUUGUCCCCGUUGUAUUUAAGCACGAUCACCCACAAUACUCACCAGUGCCACAACAAUCCCAGACCCGGCCAUCCCUCUUUACUUAUGUGGAUGAUAGGGAAUUGGAGAUGUUCCGCCUAGCACUACGUACCCUUGGUAAGCAGCUACAACAUCCAACGGAUGAUCCAUACUCGGCCGCCCAGCAGCUUCUGCAAGGACAGCCUCAUUCUAUGUGGCUCGCACACGGGAGCUAUGGACUAGGUGGAGGACAUCAGCGCAUGCACGGACACAUGGCUGGAGGUCCGAUGGAUACGCUCGAGUUAGAAGCUAUGAUGUUACAGGUACUGGAGCAAAUGGACUCCCAAAGGCUAUUUAGAGCCCCCAAGUUUGAUUUGUGUCGUCCAUCUGGUCUCACCUUGCUGCAUUUGGCAGCUUCGUUGGGCCUUACGCGAUUCGUUGCUGGACUGCUCUCGAGGGGAGCAGAUCCCAAUAUAGUCGACAAUAACGGCCACACACCGAUGCAUCAUGCUGCCAUGAACGGCCAUACGCAUGUGAUACAUCGACUGCGCUUGACGGGGGCUAACCACAAAGCCCGCAGUAUCCGCCAUUUUACGCCUGCUGACCUGGCGACAUCAUUACUUGCCUACCAGGCCACAAUAUCGCCCAUGGAACACUAUCGGUCACGGAGUGCUGGAGGGACACCGAUGCGACUGCAUAGUCGUAGCUCCUCCUCUCUUCGCUCAUUCUGGGAGAAUGCCUCGAGCCAUUAUGCCACUUCUGAUACGGACGGCUCAGACGUUUCGGACGAUUUUGACGACGAGACGCCGACCAGAGUCACUUCCGAGGAACCGGAUCUUUCGCAGGUGCUCGGGCAGAGAAAUCGCAAGCAAGCCGUUAGUGUGCCUCCAUCCCGAAGGGGUAGCAUGCCACCGACGACGUCUCAAGCAUCAAGUUUCCCCCCAGAGAAUGUCCCAAGUGCAGCACCGGCAAUGGCUCCAUCAGCGUUCAUGCUCGCGUGGAGAGAUCAUCUGGUAGCUCAACUACAACAAUUCAAUGAGAACGCCCAAUCAGUUAUGCCUAGUCUCGCCAACCUGAAUGGCCCUCUCGCAGCUAUCCAGGAGUAUCAGGCAUAUCCUAUGAUGCGCCGUGUAAGCGCUCUUUUCCCUCAACGUUCAGGUUCCAGACAGCUGCAACCAGGCCAGCGUGAAGGCUGGUGGGAGACUUUGACGGGCAGAUCAUCCCCUUCUGCUCCAUCUUCGCCUCCGGCCUAUAGCGAUCUAUAUCCAGAAGCAAAAGAAGGGACGGAUCAGGACUGGAGCAUUAAAAAGGCAUCCACUCUGCAAGCCGUAACCGAUGCUGCAGCAGACCUCCAGUUUGAGCAGCAAACCGCCAGUGAAAACGCCGAAGGGAGUACCACCUCUGGGAAUGCUACUGCCUUGAUAAGGAAGCCGAUCGAAAAAGUCGAGCUGAGCCGGGAUCGGAAAUUGUUCUUCUUCUGGAUCCCAUUACUUGCAAUCGUUCUAGCAUUGAUGAUUCGCAACUCUGGCAUUACCGAUAUUUUUGCCUUUUCUAGUAGCCGGACACAGCCUCUUGCCAAUCAAGAGGCGGUGUCGUCGCUGUUCCUGGGUCGCCAAUCGGAUACCAAGAUCCGAGCCGCCCUUCGGCUACUGAAUCAAAGAUCGAAAAGUGCGCAAUUUGGAGCUUGUACCUUUUCGACCAUUCAAGCUUUUCUCCCACGUGGACGUCCUGAUUCGACGACUGCAGUUCACGAUCCAUGGGACCGGCACACGACUUCGACGAGUGAAUCUCAUCGCUACGACUACUCAGGCAAUGUCUGUUGCCCGAAAUACACCUCGUCCACCGCCCUACCCGUACACGUUGGCCGUGUUAAAGUCUCCGUUACGGCAGCCUCGAACCCCUCUCCCGACACCCGAGUGCGUCCCGAGGAUUGUGUCGCCAUGGACAGUACUUUGGAAUACGAGAAGAAGCAUGUGCACGAAGUGUACGAGGAUAUAGCGAGUCAUUUCUCGUCCACACGAUACAAGCCGUGGCCUGUAGUCGACCAGUUUCUCCGACGUCUGCCCCCUGGGUCUGUCGGUCUUGACGUGGGCUGUGGAAAUGGGAAGAACUUGACUGUAAACAAGGAUGUCUUCAUUAUUGCUUCGGAUAGGUCAAACGCCCUGGUAGAGAUCGCCCACCGCCGUCCACCGCAUAGUGCCAUCGUCGCAGACACCCUUAGCCUUCCACAUCCAAGUGAUUUGUUCGAUUUCGCAAUCUCCAUCGCGGUUAUACACCACCUAUCUUCCAACGCACGACGGGUUCAGGCUAUCAGAGAAAUCUUGCAGACCUUAAGACCACCUUCCAAAUCUCAUCGAGGGGGCGGAGAAAGAGAAGGGGGAGGCCAGGCAUUGAUAUUCGUUUGGGCACUGGAGCAGAAAGGUAGCCGACGGGGUUGGGACCGCGGCCACGAGCAGGACGUGCUUGUACCCUGGGUUCUCAAGCCGGAUGUCGCCUCCAAAUCCAAAUCGGAGGCUCAAAUGCCCGAUCCACCCAUCUCAGUAACAUACCAUCGAUACUAUCAUCUGUAUCGGGAUGGCGAGUUGCAAGAGGACGCCAUUGCUGCCGGCGCAAGGGUAGUCGAGUCUGGUUAUGAUCGAGACAACUGGUGGAUCAUCCUCUCCCGACAAGACUGA